AUGGCUCCUCGACGUAAAUUUUUGAAGACUCGUGAAAAGAACUUUGAUUCUCUGAUUCCACGUCCAAGGGGGGCCGCCAAACGCGACUUCGCGUUACAGGACGAAAUGCGUCUCCACGGGGAGGAUGCUACAUACAAUUCAAUACAGGCGAGUGAGCUACCGUCACGGAGUACCUUCGUCCAUUCAUAUCAGCGCAUCAUUUCAGUACGAGGUGAGAAAGAUCGCCAAGAACAACGGUCUCCGACUCGAUACCACGAUUCGGUUUCAGUCACCGUUGGUCUUGGCUUCUAUAACCAAGAAGGCCAUGUCGCGAAUACCGUAUCUCGCCAAGUUCGAGCACGGCUGGCCCGUGAAAGAGCUUAUCCAGCAAUAUUUGCAAAACCAUUGCGACUAUGUGAAACGGAAGGGACGCGACAAAUCGAAACCAAAGGUCGUCUUUCAUCGUCUUUACUACGUCCUGCAUUUAACUCGAGUCACGGAAGGCAGCGGCAGGUCGCACAAAACAACCUGUUCCCGCAGACUUUGGCGAGUCGCAAGAGAGUGGUGAAAAUACUGAGGACGGUCGAGAUCAUUUCAGACGAUGGAAAGUGCCAACCAGAGGGAAACACCAUCGUGCCAUACCCAUCGUCAAACACGUCGCAUUCCGAGUCGACGGAAUCUGACCUUGACGACUCGUCGAGCUUUCUACAUGAGACCGAAUCAUCUCAAGAUGUAAUCUCGCACUGGCAGGCUCAGGAUGCUUCAGAACACUCGCCAAACGAGGAAGAAUUUCGUGCGACUUCUCCGGUAUCUGAGCUGACCAUGGAGGAAAUCCAGGCUGAAUGGAAGCCAGUGUUCAGAAAGCGUGCCCGAGACUGGUGA